UCGACUUGUUAACUGUGAAUUCAGCAGUCUGCGUCUGAGACGUUGAGCCGUGCACCCCAGUUAUUCCUCAUGGCUCUGACCUCGAAUGUCAAGGAGGGUAAUCACAGCUGCUGUGUUUUUAGCGGAGACCUGCUGUCCAGCGUUCUGCCGCCGCUUCUCAUUGUGGAGUUUGCGCUAGGGGUCCUGGGCAAUGGGAUCGCGUUGUGGAUUUUCUGUUUCCACUUCAAGCCCUGGAAAACCAGCACAGUCUACCUGUUCAACCUGGCCCUAGCUGAUUUCCUCCUGAACGUUGUCCUUCCGUUCCGGACGGAUUACUACUUGAGGAACAAAGACUGGAUCUUCGGAGACGUGUUCUGCAGCAUCUCCCUAUUUUUGCUGACCACGAACCGAGCUGGAAGCAUUCUGUUUCUAACUGCCGUUGCCGUGGAUCGAUACUUCAAAGUGGUCCAUCCCCACCACGCAGUAAACACCAUGGCCCUCACGAAGGCUGUGUACACUGCAUGCGUGUUGUGGGUCCUUGCCAUAUCAAUGACCGUGUACCUCCUGACCAAAUCCCAUGAGUUUCCUAACGGGAAUUUGACACAGUGUGACAGCUUCACUAUAUGCCCGUCUUCUACGUCUGAUGGUACUUGGCACAACGCCCUGUUUGUGCUCGAGUUUUGUGUUUCUCUGAGCAUUGUACUGUACUGUUCUUUCGGUAUAGCCUGGAAACUCAAAGCGAAUCUGCAAGACAAACAAGCCAGGAUAAGGAAAGCUCUCAAGCUUGUGACAGCGGUGGUCGUAUUGUUUGUUGUCUGUUUUCUGCCCAGUAAUGUAACUAGAAUACUGAUCUGGAUCAAAAAGGGAAAACAUAUAAAUGACUGCGAUUCUUAUGAAGCGCUGGACAGUGGCUUCUACAUAACCAUCAGUCUGACUUACCUGAACAGCAUGCUGGAUCCACUAGUUUAUUACUUCUCCAGCCCGACAUUCAAAAAGUAUUACAUAGCUGUUACGAGACACAUGAUGCACAAGAAAGAGGAUGCACCAGCAGAGGGUACAUCAGACAGAGACACAACUCGCACCGCCAGUGCAGACCGCUUGUGA